GUAUUAUGCAAAUUAUGUAAUUAUUUUAUGUUUGUAAAACGCUAAAUGUCAGAUGUGUCAGAUUUUUUCAAUUAUUAUUGUUAAUUAUUGUUUAAUGACAAUUGAAACUUGAACCAUGUUUUCGUAAAUUUUGAUUGUUUACAUUUUACAUGGACGAAAAUACCAAAAAAUGAAUUGUGCAAAAAUGGAGAGAUUUCUGCCAAAUGAAUGUUAUGUUUGUAAAUCGAGAGAUAACCUAAUAAGAUGUGACUGCAACUUAAUCUCCUAUUGUUCCGAAGCACAUCGAUUGAAUCAUUUGCCGAUUCAUAAAAGUUUUUGCAAACUAAUUAAAUCAUUGUUAAUAGCAAAGAAAUUGUCACACAUUUAUGAGGAGCUUACAAAUUUACCUGGACCUGAAUGGAAUACAAAGCGGUGUGAAAUCUACGCAGAAAUAAAAAGUAAAUUAGGAAGAAGAUUAAGUCCAUUGGAAUAUGUAAUGUUUCAUCGUCAGCGUGUGUGUUUCGUUUGUUGUAAAACCGAAAAAGAAGAACUAACAAAUUGUCCCAAUUGUCCAGUGGCAAGUUUUUGUGAAAAUCAUCCUCACGAUGAACUCCACAGUAUAAAUUGUAAAGUAAUGAAUCAAUAUUUAAAAAUUUUAAAUGUGGCAGAGGAAUUAAAUGUUGACCUGGAAUUUCUGUCUUCUAGUUUUCCGUGUUUAAAAGAGGAACGAGAAAUUGGAGUUAUGGGCAAACUGACAAGGACAUUUAUAGUAAAGGACAUGAAACUUGAUUGUUUAAAGUCGAGAUUAUUAAAAAAUGGUCUUAUUCAGUUUAUGGAUGUAGCUUCGAAGGUUCAGAAUGCUUUGCAAAAAAUUUACGGCCGAAUUCCAGAGGAAAUUGUCAUUCAUGUCGAUGCCUUCUUCUCGACACAUGCAAUCACAAGAGUAAAUUAUUGGGAAUUUUUCAUGCAUCUUAAUCCCAUGGUAAGGAAAUUAAAAAUAGUGAUUGUUUUGAAUAGAAUAUUAAACAACAAAUUAGAAAAUUGUUCACUUUGCGAAAGUUGUAGUUCAAAGGAAAAAGAAUUGUCUGUUAAAUUUUUAGCAAAAUCUUACGAUGAUUUCAUGCUGGAUGAAAAUUAUCAAAAACCGAACAUUUUGUUUUACGUCCAAGUCGAGGAAUGUAAUUCCGAAAAAGUAAAAAAGUGGAGUGAAUUUAAUUUUCCAGUUGUUUUGCGAUUUGAAUCAGAUUCGAAUUUUUCCAAAACACCACAAUUUCUCGCGCUUUCAACAAAGUUUCGAUUUAUUUACGAUGGACAAAUAAAAGCACCGUUCAGUACAUUAUCCUCAAUUGAAAACAAAGACUAUUUUAUAAUUUUUCAAUCAAAGGAAAACAAAGGAAAAUCUUUUGAUUUAGUAACAGGCGAAAACUGUGGGGAAAAAAUUGGUACAAGCACAAUUGAAACUAGUUCAAUUGUUGAAGAUAUUAAUUCAGAGAAUUUAAACUCCGCUGAAAAUAUUGCAGAUGUUUUGAAAAUUACUUCGUCAGAAUUAAACGACAAUUCUGACAGUAACGAAAAAUCAAAAGUGGAAACAAAGGGAAAUCAAUCGGCGAUCGUUUCCCUUCCCGAGGCAAAUGUUAAAGAUAAUUCAGAAAAUUUAAACUCUGCUGAAAAUAUUGCGAAUGCUUCUAAAAUUCAUUCGUCAGAGUCAAAAGACAAUUCUGACAAUAACGAAAAAUUGAAAUUGGAAACAAAGGAAAAUCUAGCAGUUACGGUUUAUCUUCCCGAGGCGAACAGGAUUUUAAUUCAGAACGAAAAUACAAACACCGAAACCGAAGUUGAGAAAAAUUCUAACAACAAAAAAACGGAACUGACGGAAAAUAAAAAUUCGAAUAUUCCAGCAGAGCCUGCAGUUCAUACGUCGAAUGAUGAACAAAAGGAACAAAAAUUCGAGGAUAAAAUAUUUUCCCCAUCGUCAUCGUUAAUUUGUCCUUUAGUAAUUAUUUCAAAACCCGAAGAAGAGGAGAAGGAAAAAAAAGAAGAGGAAGUCGAAAAAAAUACUGCGAUUGAGAAUUCCAAACACGAAGAAAAUAAUUGUUCAAAUUCAAAAUCAAUCGACAACGAAUCAUUAGAGAUAGAAGACGACGAGGAGAAGAAUGAAGAAAAAAAUAAUACGGAACUAAUUGAAAAACUCAGAGUAGAAAAAGAAGAACAGAAAAAUAAUAUUGAAUUUCGUGUCAAUUUGGAAAAUUUCAGCUAUUCUCAAACUAAUUUUUCCCAAUCGUUUCUAAUCGAUCAUAUUUCGUAUCUCAAUCAUGAGAACGAAGAGUUACGAAAACGAUUAAAUGCAUCCAUCGAGGAAGUGGCAAAACAACAAAUAAAAUUUGAACAAAUCUUUUCGACUGUAAUCGAAGAGAAUAAAUUAAUGAAAAAAGUGUUACGCGAUAUUGUCAAUAUUGCUGACAUUGAUUUACAGCUGAAGAAGUCUUAAAAUCACAAAAAAAUAGUUUUAUAUUAUUUCGAUUAUUUCUAUUUAAAAAAAAUUUAAAACAGUAUUCAAACAAUCGUUCGUUUCGAAAUUAAGUUCAACUUAAUAUUUAGAAAAAAAUGUUAAAAUAAAGCAAUGUGAUUGUAAUUAUUUUUUAAAUAGUGUCAUAAAUUGUUAUUGUUUCUAUUAAUAAAUAUGUUGAGAAGCAGUGUUUAUAAAAAAAAAAGUUGUUCAUUUUCUGUCGGAAUAUUUUAAUUUAAAGCACUACGCGAAUCAAACUCUUAAUAUAGAGGACACUAGUUACUUCCGUGUGACAACAAUCGCCAGUUCAUGGCUACGCCUUGUAAAGUAUAGAAGUCCCUUGACGAUAAUUACUUUUCUUUAAUAAAUCUCUUUACUGUGUA